AUGUAUAUCGUGUCUGAUAACGAAGCAAAAAUGGUAGCUGCUUUUAAUCAUGAUGUUAAACGUAUUGGCUGUUCGACACACUAUUUGAAUAAAAAGAUUGAGCACGGAUUAACAAAACCAGAUAUUAAAUGCGAUAAAAUUCAACAAUUGUUUAAAGAUGUGCGUUCAACAGUAACACAUAUUCCUCAUGCAAUGAUAUCAAGUUUUAUACAAGUAUAUCCUGAUUUAAUUGGUGUUAUAACAGAUCCGAAACAAGGAUUAACAUUAGCUGAAAUUGACGAUACGGUUUUAAUUCAGUUUGCACAAUAUUUUAUCCAUUUUGUUGAUGUAACAGAAGCAUUAAGUUCAGAAAAAACAUCCAACGUUGAAUUUAGUGAUCCCAUUAAAGCAACGUUUAAACCAUCGACAAUUAUUAAACAUGAUCGUCGAGAUAUAAUAACGGAUUGUUAUGAUAAGCAACCAACAACAAAUAAUGGCGAAAGUGAGUUUGAACGAUAUCUAAAGCUGAAUGUAACACUUGAUGCAAAAAAAGAUGAUUUACUUGAUUUUUGGUUAAAAUAUGAAAAAUCAUUCCCAACAAUUGUUUCAAUUGCUCAUGAUAUUCUUAUUAUUCCAGCAACAAACACAUCUGUGGAGCGUCUUUUUUCACACAGUGGUAAUACAAUAACUGAUAAACGAACAUCAUUAAGUACAUCAAAAUUAAAUAAAUUAAUGUUUUUGAAAAAGAAUCUAAUUUUGUUAAAAGGUUUAUGUAAUACUACUGCAGACACAAGUUCAGAAAUAUUAACAAAAAAACAAAAAUAUGAAGAGCAGGAUGAUGAUAAUAACAAGCAAAAAGAUAAUGAUAGUGAUAACGAUGAAAUGGCAACAACUGCAACACUUGAUGAUGACUUCUUUUGA